CUAAAAAGUAAACAUACUUGUUUUGAUUGGGUUACUUCUUGGCUGCGCAGAAGAUUUUGUGUUACCAAGCUGUUAUUUUAGAGUCUUUUAAUUUUUUUUACGAACAGAACAACAUUUCAGUGUGUUUAUAGUCUUACAAUUUGUGUUUGUUGGAUUUGAAGUACGUUAGCAGCGCUAGCAGGCUAACCAUAACAUAAACACCAUGAUGUGAACAUCUACCAGAAGUUUGGUUCACUUACGAUACGUGCUGGUGUGGUUUAAAUUUGUUCGGAGGGAGCUUCGAGUGAGGAUGAUGUUCGACACAUGAAGAUACGGACGCCUGAGCGUCUGAGUCUCGCUAUGGCUGAGGACAGAGGGCUGUGUCCCACUGGGAGAGGCUCCUCACACCGUCCGGGCCGACAGCUCUUCAGGAGCUCGGCCCAUUUCCGCAGCCUGCUGGACGGCCUGAUGACUCUCAGACAGGGUGGCGUCCUGUUUGAUGUGGUUCUGCUGGUUGAGGGUCGACCCAUCCAGGCCCACCGGCUGGUGCUGGCAGCCUCGUGUGAUUAUUUCAGAGGGAUGUUUGCUGGAGGCCUGAGGGAGAUGCAGCAACACGAGAUUACAAUUCAUGGAGUUUCCCACAUGGCUAUGGAGAAGAUCCUGGACUACAUCUACACUUCUGAGAUCGAGCUGGACUUGGAGAGUGUUCAGGAGGUUCUGAUAGCUGCUACGCUGUUACAGCUUGAAAGUGUCACCGGCUUCUGCUGCGACUUCCUGUUCUCCUGGCUGGACGAGAGCAACAUAUUAGAGGUGCACCACCUGGCUGAUGUCUAUGGACUGCAGCAGCUUAAAGCCAGAGUUCACACCUACAUCCUCGGGAACAUUCAGACUCUGUCUCAGGCGGACGUAUACCGACAGCUGCCUGAAGAUGACGUCUUCAGAGCGCUGAGCAGCGACGAGCUUGAGGUGGCCAGUGAGAACGAAGUGUACGAGGCUGCGCUUCACUUUCACUACAGUCCUGAGCAAGUGGACACUGACCAGGUGCACUUGCAGGUCAGUCCGAAGGACAACCUCAGGAUGCUCGACGCCGUGCGUUUUUGCCUGAUUGAGAAACACGUUCUGCAGAGACUUCACAGCAGGCUGAAGCCAUGUCCGCUGAAGGACUCGGUAUCAGCCGCGCUGCAGUACCACGAGCAGGAGCUGUGGCAGCCCAUCCUGCAGACCGCGCUCACACAGCCGCGGUCCACCUUCCACUGCAUCCUGGGCUUUGGGGGCAUGUUCAGCUCCAGCUCCCUCACUGACAACAGGCACCUGUUUCAGGUGUUCCACCCCAGCUGGAGGGAGUGGAGGACCCUCUCUGCGGCUCAUGCUCCCCGGAUGUCUAACCAGGGCAUCGCUGUUCUGAAUAAUUUUGUUUACCUUAUUGGAGGAGAUAAGAACAACAGCGGGUUUCGUGCAGAGAAUCGCUGCUGGAGGUAUGAUCCUCGUCACAACAGGUGGUGCCCUAUCCAGCCUCUCCAACAUCAGCACGCCGAUCACUGCGUCUGUGUGGUGGGCGGCCAUAUUUAUGCCAUUGGAGGACGCGACUACAGGAAUGAGCUGGACUCAGUGGAGCGCUACGACCCGCACACCAACUUGUGGGAGUUUGUGUCACCUCUGAAGAGAGAGGUGUAUGCUCAUGCUGGAGCAGUGGCAGAUGGGAAAGUUUAUAUAACGUGUGGGCGUCGAGGCAUGGCGUACCUCAGAGAGACGUGCUGUUUCGACCCUGCAGCCGGUCAGUGGACAGAGUGUGCGGAGGGACCGGUGGAGCGGGCGUGGCACGGCAUGGCUGCUGUUAAUGGACGUGUGUAUGUGAUUGGGGGUAGCAAUGAUGAGCGUGGAUAUCGGCGUGAUGUCUUAAAGGUGGCAUGUUUUGACCUCGCAAACAACUCCUGGUCCUUAAUAAGCCCCCUCCCCUCUGGACAUGGAGAACCCGGCGUAGCCGUGCUGGACGGCUGCAUCUACGUCCUGGGUGGACGCUCGCAUGACAAAGGCAACAGGAUGAAAUACGUUCACGUGUACAACUCUGACUCAGACGAGUGGGAGAGCGAGACUGAGUUUAAGGAGCGUGUCUCUGGCCUGGCCGCCUGCGUGGCGCUCGUUCCUCCUGCUGUGAUCGCCCAGGCCAGAAGCUGGGAGCAGCGCACCAAGGCUACAUGGGAAGAUGCAGACAUUGACAACUCAGAGGACUCUAGUGAGGACUGAAACAGCCUUUUUAAUUUUUAAUUCAGCACCUUGAGUUUGACACGGGUUCAUGUUGGUGGCCAUGCGUUGAGUCGUCCUUAUCGUAACCACUUCCAGUGCCUCUGACCCAUCGCAGCUCAGCACCUUUGCACACUUGGUUAUUUUACGAGAUGCUCACUCACCUAGGACUCCCCACCAACUGAGAUCCAACCACUCUUCUUUGUUUCUGUUUAGAUGUGAUAGGUUCUGUUUCUGCACAAACUUUGUGUUUUGGGUGGCAGAUUCUUCUGAAGACAGUUACAGUGGGGCAAAAAAGUAUUUAGUCAGCCACCGAUUGUGCAAGUCCUCCCACUUAAAAUGAUGACAGAGGUCAGCAAUUUUCAUCAUAGGUACACUUCAACUGUGAGAGACAGAAUGUGAAAAGAAAUCCAUGAAUUCACAUGGCAGGAUUUUUAAAGAAUUUAUUUGUAAAUCAGGGUGGAAAAUAAGUAUUUGGUCAAUAACAAACAUUCAACUCAAUACUUUGUAACAUAACCUUUGUUGGCAAUAACAGAGGUCAAACGAUUACUAUAGGUCUUUACCAGGUUUGCACACACAGUAGCUGGUAUUUUGGCCCAUUCCUCCAUGCAGAUCUUCUCGAGAGCAGUGAUGUUUUGGGGCUGUCGCCGAGCAACACGGACUUUCAACUCCCUCCACAGAUUUUCUAUGGGGUUGAGGUCUGGAGACUGGCUAGGCCACUCCAGGACUUUCAAAUGCUUCUUACGGAGCCACUCCUUUGUUGCCCGGGCGGUGUGUUUGGGAUCAUUGUCGUGUUGGAAGACCCAGCCACGUUUCAUCUUCAAAGCUCUCACUGAUGGAAGGAGGUUUUGGCUCAGAAUCUCACGAUACAUGGCCCCAUUCAUUCUGUCCUUAACACGGAUCAGUCGUCCUGUCCCCUUAGCAGAAAAACAGCCCCAAAGCAUGAUGUUCCCACCCCCAUGCUUCACGGUAGGUAUGGUGUUCUUGGGAUGCAACUCAGUAUUCUUCUUCCUCCAAACACAAGUUGAGUUUAUACCAAAAAGUUCUACUUUGGUUUCAUCUGACCACAUGACAUUCUCCCAAUCCUCUGCUGUAUCAUCCAUGUGCUCUCUGGCAAACUUCAGACGGGCCUGGACAUGCACUGGCUUCAGCAGCGGAACACGUCUGGCACUGCAGGAUUUGAUUCCCUGUCGUUGUAGUGUGUUACUGAUGGUGACCUUUGUUAUUGUGGUCCCAGCUCUCUGCAGGUCAUUCACCAGGUCCCCCCGUGUGGUUCUGGGAUUCUUGCUCACCGUUCUCAUGAUCAUUUUGACCCCAUGGCACGAGAUCUUGCGUGGAGCCCCAGAUCGAGGGAGAUUAUCAGUGGUCUUGUAUGUCUUCCAUUUUCUGAUAAUUGCUCCCACAGUUGAUUUUUUCACACCAAGCUGCUUGCCUAUUGUAGAUUCACUCUUCCCAGUCUGGUGCAGGUCUACAAUUCUUUUCCUGGUGUCCUUCGAAAGCUCUUUGGUCUUGGCCAUAGUGGAGUUUGGAGUCUGACUGUUUGAGGCUGUGGACAGGUGCCUUUUAUACAGAUAAUGUGUUCAAACAGGUGCCAUUAAUACAGGUAACGAGUGGAGGACAGAAAAGCUUCUUAAAGAAGACGUUACAGGUCUGUGAGAGCCAGAGAUUUUCCUUGUUUGAAGUGACCAAAUACUUAUUUUCCACCCUGAUUUACAAAUAAAUUCUUUAAAAAUCCUGACAUGUGAAUUCAUGGAUUUUUUUUUUCACAUUCUGUCUCUCACAGUUGAAGUGUACCUAUGAUGAAAAUUGCUGACCUCUGUCAUCAUUUUAAGUGGGAGAACUUGCACAAUCGGUGGCUGACUAAAUACUUUUUUGCCCCACUGUAUUCUGAGUUGUUUUUUAGUAUAACAGGCAGCUGGUGUGGGCGUGGUGCCAGGAUCCUCAUCACAAUAAGUACUCGUGCCUUGUUUUGUCCUCACAUCCUAAGUGUGUAUCUGAUAUAUUGAUUAACUUCAGGUCAAAGUAAUGAUUUUCUGCUCUGGUGAGGCUGCAGCGUUUCAUGUAGCCCGUCUGUGACCUCUGAACUCAACACCAGUAACGUGUUCAAUAAGAGCGAUGGCAUCUCCUCCGCUAUGCAUUUUCUGUUUGUGUCACUAAAACGACCAAAGUCAAGUCUUAUUUGGAUUUAGUUUUAUGAUGUUUGGUUCUGAAAGGACACGUCUUAUGAGCGCCGCGGAGUAAGUCUGAUAUGUUUUGUUAUAAAUAAAAUAAAUAAUAAAAACUCC